CUGGAAGGUCCCCUUCUUGGGAAGGCCAUGCACACUCCAUUGGCCAGGCCAGAAAGACGUUAUUCUUCAGAUGCAUUUUGAAAUUUCUCUUUCUAGAUGAUGGUGUCUGGAAGAAUUAAAUUAUUUUUUCGAGAAUCAUAAAGUGUAGGUGUAUGUCUACUUGUUUGUUGCUCAGAACUCAACCGGGAUGUCCAGUCUUCUGAAUCUUGAAGUGCCAACUAUUGCUCCUAUCAAGGUGUCUACAGCAUGUGGACCUGAUGAACCCUACACCUCGGACACUGAUCGUUUGGAAGAGGAAUGCAAGAAGUUGAGGGCGGAAGUUGAACGGCUAAAGCGGCGUUGCGGGGAACUAGAGACUGGGCUUUCGAAGGCACAGUUUGGUGUGCACUGGAUUGACGAGUCUGAUGAGAAGUGUCGCUUCCUCACUGGUCUGCCGAACCGCUCCGUGUUCCAUGCUGUCUUAGGUCAUGUGCAGGAGAAGGCCGCAAAGCUCACUGCCUGGCGCGGUGAUUCCACCAGUGACCCCAAGGACAACAAGCCUGGCCCUCGGAUGACCAAGGACUUGUCCAUUGCCAACCAGUUCUUUGCGACGCUUGUCCGGUUGCGCCAUGGUAUGUGUGGCGGGUUUGUGGCAGCCCUGAUGCAAAUGCCUGACUCCACGUUCAGCAGGAUGUACUCCACGUGGAUUCUGUUUCUGUCCCGUGAGCUGUCUCUCCUCUUCCCGUUCCCGUCCAGACAACUUGUGGACAAGUUCAUGCCACCGUGCUUUAAGUCCAAGUUCCCGCAGACGAGGAUUAUCAUUGACUGUUUGGAGAUCCAGAUGGAGCGCCCAACUUCUCUCCUGAACCAGUCGAUCACGUACUCCAGCUACAAGAGCCGGAACACCAUGAAGGUUCUUGUAGGUGUUUCACCUGCUGGUCUUGUGACUUGUGUUGGAUGUUUGGGGUGGCCGAGUCAGUGACAAGGUCAUCACAGAGCAGAGCGGUCUGUUGCAGCUUCUGGAGAAGGGUGACAGUGUCAUGGCUGACAAGGGCUUUGACAUCGAGGUGCCUCUUGCUCUCCAUGGAGUGAAACUGAACAUCCCGCCAAAGCUUGGUGCUGAUAGCCAGAUGAGCGCCCAGAAGAUCGAGAAGACCCGCCGCAUUGCAGAGCUGCGUAUCCAUGUCGAACGGGCUAUCGGACGUGCACGUUGCUACCGUGUCCUCAACACUGUGUUCCCUGUGAGCAUGUCGAGUCUGUCGUCUCACAUCGUGAAAGUGUGCUUCUUCCUCACAAACUUCGACGCCCCGCUAGUAAAUUGAAGAGACAUGUGAAUCACUUUAUUCAAGUUCUAUCUUCUUUUGUUCUCUUUAUUAUGGUCUAUUUUUUAGCACACUAUAAUAAUAAUAAUAAUAACCACUCUUAUUUUACUUCGGUU